AUGGGCUGCGCUGGAUCGAAGAAAGUUAAAAAAGAAGCUAAAUUGCAUCCUUCACGGACGGAGCCAGCAGAAAAAGAGCAUCCAGAAUUUGAAGAAUCAAAACAUGGAAUCUCAAAAGGGAAUAUCUCAGAAGACUCCAGAGUUCUUGCAAAGCUUCAGACUAUAAAUAAUAUUUACAGAGUUGUUGUAAUGGCAGAAUUCAAUGAACAAAUCGGAAUUCAAGUAGAUAAUGAGCAUCCACAAGAGUUGAAUAAAAAAAAGGACGAAGAAAAUAAACUUGAAAAUCAAUCUCAGUAG